AUGGCGGGAAACCGAAAUCCCAAGCAACCCGGCUGCAGGGAGCUAAAAAACCAAUCUUCCCGCGCGUGGCGGGUGGAUUCGCUGGCGGGCUUGCGCUGGGGCGCCCUCGUGGCGGCGCUGCAGAACGCGCAGCCUGUCGAGCCAACUGUUUUGGCCCGCUUGUACCGUGCCAUCGCGGAGCUUGAGGCUGGCGAUGUUUCUGGCCGCGUUUCCGAACGCGACCAUCUCUGCUUGGCGGUGCUCACGUCGCUCCCAAACACCCCCGUGCCGCUGUCCACGGCCAUGCGCAUAUGCGCGGACCCAGACGGUUACGUCUCAGCAGCAGCACAGUCCACAUUCCUUGAGGGAUUUGGCGGGGCAUCCUUCGCGGCAGCUGCGCAUGCCAUGGCCGCGGACUUGCAAGCCGCACUCCAGCCACAGCCGCCGCCUGCGUGCCCCGCGCACGCCCCACAAACAAGCAGCCGACGCUUUCGCCGGGGGCGCCGAGGCCGCCCUGCCCAAGUGGCCGACCGGGACGGUUCCGGCCAUAGCGAGGCUAGGCAGGACGACGAGCUGCCCAGGCCUGCGCAACCCGCCGUCGAGUGGGAACAGCUGGACGCCACUGACCUCGCGGCGGACCC